UUAGCAUAGACACCGUGUGGUUUUAGUGGUCGAGUCCCAUAUACCUGUCCGGCCUCCCGUGGCUGGAUGGAUGAAACGACAAUCUUUCCAAGGAGGAAAAAAGGAAAGUCAGGUUUGGUAACAUGUCGCGCAUAACCUUACUUACCUAUGUAUGUAUAGAUUCUUAUGAAGGAGAGACAGUCAAAAAGUAACUUGCCAUACUCAAAUGUCUCCUAAUGGAUAUGAAUAAAAUAUAGAUAAUAGAUAUGAUAAUGAAGCAAUAGGUAUUCAGGUACUUUUUAUUAUUCUCAUGGGAGUAGCCCCGAGCAAUGCUAUUCUAAUUAUAAUUAAAUCAAGAUCAACGUUAGCUAUCAUCUUUUUCAUUGCAUAAUUUUGCAUUCACUGCACAAUGAUCAUCAACCUUCUGUGUCAGCCUGUCACUGUCAUCCGUAAUGGCCCAAUUUCCUGCGCUGAUCCAAUUUAUACGGCAAAAAAAAUGUCGCUCGGCCAUUACCUACUUGCUUGCGAUGGUGGGGGCCGCACUGUUGCUGUUAUUGCCAGUGUUGGUAUCCAGCGUGGGAGAUGGCAACAUUCGAUUGCUAGAAGAUGAAGUAGCAACCGCGCUCAAAGCAUGUGUUCUCCCGGGUGAGGAGGCAAGAGGCGGCAAUCGCCAUCGCCGUUCCGAAGAUUAUCCGCGUAUAGACAACACGAAACAAACAAACCAGUACAGCCACGAAAGAAGAAACGCAAGUGACAUGCGAGAGCAAAACAUAUUGGUUUUGAAUGCAACAGACUAUGAUUAUGGGGGGUACGGGUCGGGGAAUGGGGGUGAGAAGCUGGUAACGUCGGCGCCUCGCUUGGCUGGGGCAGUUAUCUCCAAUGCUAGCGCGGACAUCAACGGAGACUACUCCAGCAACAGGACCAGGAGGAGCGAACCUUUAAUUAAUAAACCUGAUGCCGAUCAGUGCCUGAGUCAGUGUGUGUUUGCCAAUUUGCAAGUCGUGGACACCCGGGGAAUACCGCGCGAAUCGGAGCUGUGGAACAAGGUGCAGGCGUCUGUGACGUCACAACAGUCUAGGAAUGCGAUGAGGGACCAGAUUAGAGCUUGUUUUCAGGAGUUACAGUCAGAGGCUGAGGACAAUGGUUGCUCCUAUUCAAAUAAACUCGAACGAUGUCUGAUGCUACGUUUUGCCGAUCGAAAAACGGACAAAUCGACUUCAAAUUGAUUACAACUUGUACUGUAGUGUUCUGGAUUUUCGUAUUUUGAACACAAUUAUAAAAUUUGUACCCGCCUUAUGUGCUUGUUCUCGGUAUAAUUAUAAUUAAGAGAAUUAGACUAAUUAGCUAAGCAAGUCAGAAUAAAGUCUGAGCUAAAACGGUUGUCUUUUUCUGUAAUUGUAAUCCAGCUACGUACCUACGAGUCUAUGGCGCGGUUUAUAAAACGACGGUUUUACUCUCGUUAGUGCUAAUCGAGCAAUCAAAACAGAUAUUGGAUGAAACAUUUAUUAAUUUCAAUGCAUAAUCAAUAAGCUUAUUUGGUAACCUACUCAGCAAUCAUAAGAAGCCGGGCUCAUAGUUACACGUAAAAAACAUACUUAGAUUUAAAUUCAUAAGAUCUAAAAAGAAAAUGUUUAAAUAAAAAGCCUA